UAGGGAUAAUUCCGAGGGAGGGGGGGGACGUUCCAUGACAGCGGGUUUCGUGGACACUUCUUAUCCACUACGUCACUCCGCACCUUCUGUAUUUUUGAUACAAGUAGCCUGCUGCAAAAUGUCGGAUUUUGAUGAAUUUGAGAAACAGUUGAGCGAGAAUCGACAAGAGCGGGAAAGGGAGCAACAUAAAAAAAGGAGUCGCAGUGGCUCUGUGGGCCAGGGAGACAAACACUGCAUCUGGAGCAAAAGCAGAGGAAGCCAAAGCCGAGAGAAACGAAGUCGCAGCACAGACAGAAAAAGCUGGGAUCGCAGGAGCUCAUCUCACAAGAAACGCAGUCGUUCUCCGAGGCAUGUUAAAAAGAAAAGAACCCUGAAAUACUGGGACAUUCCUCCACAAGGCUUUGAACAUAUAACACCAAUGCAAUAUAAAGCUAUGCAAGCGGCGGGACAGAUUCCAACGAUAGCUCUGCUUGCCACCUCCACUGCCGGGGUGGCUGCGGCUCUGACUCAAGCGCCCAUAGCUGGCAGCCAGAUGACCAGACAGGCCAGACGCCUGUAUGUGGGCAAUAUCCCAUUUGGAGUCACUGAGGAGUCCAUGGCCGAGUUUUUUAACGCUCAGAUGCAGCUCGCAGGCCUUUCCCAAGCGCCAAGCAAUCCCGUCCUCGCUGUGCAGAUCAAUCAAGAUAAAAACUUUGCUUUUCUCGAGUUCCGGUCUGUAGAGGAGACAACCCAGGCAAUGGCUUUUGAUGGAAUUAUUUUCCAAGGCCAGUCACUAAAGAUCAGACGACCUCACGAUUAUCGGCCCUUACCUGGGAUUUCAGAGCAGCCGGCUUUCCACGUCCCAGGUGUUGUUUCCACUGUUGUUCCCGAUUCGCCGCAUAAACUGUUCAUCGGAGGUCUUCCAAAUUAUCUCAACGAUGACCAGGUGAAAGAGCUCCUGACCUCGUUUGGGCCGCUCAAAGCCUUCAACCUGGUUAAGGACAGUGCUACGUCGUUGUCCAAGGGUUACGCUUUUUGUGAGUAUGUGGACAUCAGCGCCACUGAUCAGGCUGUCGCUGGACUCAACGGGAUGCAACUUGGAGACAAAAAGUUGAUCGUUCAGAGAGCAAGUGUAGGAGCUAAAAAUGGCAAUCCUACCCCUAUCUUAGAGACACCCGUGACACUGCAGGUCCCAGGGCUUCAGAGGCUGCAGAACUGCUGCAUGCCCACAGAAGUGCUCUGCCUUCUUAACAUGGUGAUGCCCGAGGAGCUAGUGGACGACCAGGACUACGAGGAGAUCCUGGAGGACAUCCGUGAAGAGUGCUGCAAGUAUGGCAGUGUCUGCUCCAUGGAGAUCCCCCGGCCGGUUGAGGGUGUGGAAGUCCCUGGUUGCGGAAAGAUCUUUGUGGAGUACGUCUCUGCUGCGGAGUGUCAAAAAGCUAUGCAGGCGCUGACUGGCCGCAAGUUUGCCAACAGAGUGGUGGUCACCAAAUACUACGACCCGGACAUGUAUCACAGACACGAGUUUUGAAGCACAGAGCAGUCUGUUGUGAAUUGUCUUUUUUUGUUGUUGUCUUGCUCUCCUACUUGUACUGCUGUAGACGUGGUUGAUUCGGUCGGUUCAUAACCUCUUGUGAAUGUUGUAAACAUGUAUUUAGAAACCGGAUUUGGAUUUCUUCUUUUACACUUUUACAAACUCGAACCACAGUGUGUAUUCUUUCGGUAUCUAACAGUCUGCCUCGAGGAUUCAAGGGUUUGAAUCCUUGAACUAUUCUAUUUACUCAGAUAUUACAAAGGAAAAUGUUCCAGUACUUUUAUUUUUGCAGUAUGAUAUACGUACGUGGUGUGUUUUCAGUCUGAAUAAAGCCAUUAUACCAGUACAACAGUUUUCAUUAAACCACCUCUUCCUGCUCACAGUG